AUGCUGAACAUUGUCUUAAUACUCCAUUUACUAACUUUUGCAUCCUCACUCAUUUGGGCCUCCACCAUCCUCAACACAACCUACGUUAGCCCAACUUUCCAACAGUCACGAAGCAACAUCGACCAAGACUCCCUUGCCAGCAUCCACGCUCUCCUCGCAUCACCCAGCUUCCCAUCUGGCUGGCUCGGCCAAAACGCUCUCGCCACCGUUGCACAAUGGGACUUUGACCACAAAACAAGGACAUUUUACGAUGCCUUUAACAGCAAUGAAACUUACUACGCUGAUCAUCCCGGAGGCUGCUACGAGUACUGGCAUAGCCCGCUCGUCGACUGUUUUAAUGAUGAUGCGGGAUGGGCCGCGCUGACAAGUCUGGAGGGGUAUGCGGCCUAUGGAGACGAGGAUUAUCUCCAGAAUGCUAAGAGCGUCCAUGAUUUUGUUUCUAACCAUGGGUUCAUAAAUGAGACCGUUAUUGAAGAAGGUUAUCUCAAAGGUACUCACUUUCCGAACAAUACGCUGGUGUCGACGUGUGAUGGUAAGAGCAUGUACGGCGGUGUUUAUUGGCAGAACGGAUUUCCAUCAGAACACGACCAACCGGGUGCAUUUGAAGCUGCCAGCCAACCAAACAUUGAUUCCGGCUCGACAGCUGUCUACGCUCUCCUCUCCGCAAAGCUGUGCCAAAUUACCUCCAACAUGUGGUACUGUAACCGGAGCUAUGAUGCGUUGCAAUUCAUGGAUCGCUUCAUGAUUGAUCUCUCUAGCGGAUUUAUUAAUGGUCCGAUAAACGGGAAGAACUGCUCGAGGGAAUACCACUUCGUUGUCCUGCAAACCACUGGCAACUACAUAGCGGCCUAUACCCUCCUCUCCAACCUGACCUCCAACGCCACAGCUCUUACCAUCGCCCGCAAAACCCUCACUUCGAGCCUUACCACCAAUAUAUGGAACACCAACCAGGGCGUCCUACUCCAUACCUCCAAUACCUCCACCAAGGUCGUUGGUAUACAGUCUGUUCUCAUCCGUCGUCUCCACUUCGUGUACCCCUUCAUGGACGCCGACGUGCAAGACGCUAUUAGGCAGUACGUCAAUAUUCAGUACUGGAGUCUCGUCAACUAUGAUAGCGAUAAUGCGACGAAACCGCUGCUUUAUGGGUCGAGUUGGGAUGGACCGAAGUAUACAGCGGCGACGGGUAGAACGCAAUUUGAAGCAAUCGAUGUCCUCAAUGCACUGGCUCUGAACCCAGAUUCAGCUUUUCCAAAUGACAAUUCCAUGGAUGUACCUGUUAUUUCUCUGUAA